AUGGUGAACUUCACAAUUGACCAGAUCCGUGAGAUCAUGGACAAAAAAAACAAUAUUCGAAAUAUGUCUGUGAUUGCUCAUGUGGAUCAUGGCAAAUCAACCUUGACUGACUCUUUAGUUAGUAAAGCUGGUAUCAUUGCCUCUCAAAAGGCCGGGGAAAUGCGCUUCACUGAUACACGUAAGGAUGAACAAGAAAGAUGUAUCACCAUUAAAUCAACUGCCAUUUCCUUGUAUUAUGAACUACCAAAACAAGAUAUGGAACAGGUGCAACAAGAAGUAGAUGAAACGAGCAAUGCUUUCUUGAUCAAUUUGAUUGACUCUCCUGGCCAUGUUGAUUUCUCUUCUGAGGUCACUGCUGCCCUUCGUGUCACUGAUGGUGCUCUUGUUGUUGUUGACUGUGUCUCUGGUGUCUGUGUUCAGACUGAGACUGUAUUGCGACAAGCAAUUGCUGAACGGAUCAAACCGGUCUUGUUUAUGAACAAAAUGGAUUUGGCUCUCUUGACUUUGAAAUUAGAAAAGGAAGAAAUGUAUCAAACAUUCCAACGUGUUGUUGAGAACAUCAAUGUUAUCAUUGCCACUUACGGUGGGUCAGAUGGCCCAAUGGGUGAUGUCAUGGUUGAUCCCCAAAAAGGUAAUGUUGGCUUUGGCUCUGGACUCCAUAGCUGGGCAUUUACUCUAAAGAACUUUGCUCAGAUGUAUGCAACAAAAUUCAAGAUUCCCGUUCAAAAACUAAUGAAAAGGUUGUGGGGAGACAAUUUCUUCAACUGCACUGACAAGAAGUGGACCAAACAAGGAGUUAAAGAGUCUGUGAGAGGUUUCAUCCAGUUUAUCCUGAGUCCUAUCUAUCAGGUGUUUGAAACCUGCAUGAAUCGGCCGCAAGAAGAGGCUCUUCAACUGGCUGAGAAAAUGGCCAUAAAGCUUACCGCUGAAGAGAAAGAUCUGCGAGAAAAACAAUUGCUCAAGGUGAUGAUGCGUAAGUGGCUGCCAGCCGGUGAUGCACUACUUCAAAUGAUUGUCAUUCAUCUUCCAUCUCCUGUCACUGCCCAAAGAUACCGUAUGGAAAUGCUCUAUGAAGGCCCUCAAGAUGAUGCUGCUGCAACAGCUGUCAAGAGCUGUGAUCCUUCUGGUGUUCUCAUGAUGUAUAUCUCUAAGAUGGUUCCAACCUCUGAUAAAGGACGUUUCUAUGCCUUUGGUCGUGUUUUCUCUGGUACAGUAUCUACUGGUCAGAAGGUCCGCAUUAUGGGGGCCAAUUUCACUCCAGGCAAGAAGGAAGAUCUUUAUGAAAAAAAAAGUAUCCAAAGGACUAUGUUAAUGAUGGGAAGAUAUGUGGAACCUAUUGAAGAUGUACCAUGUGGAAAUAUCUGUGGUCUUGUCGGUAUUGAUCAGUACCUUGUAAAAACGGGAACCAUCACCACUUUCAAGGAGGCUCAUAACAUGAAAGUUAUGAAGUUCUCUGUCAGUCCUGUGGUACGUGUUGCUGUAGAGUCCAAAAACCCAUCUGACCUGCCCAAGCUGGUUGAAGGUUUGAAACGUCUGGCAAAAUCCGACCCUAUGGUGCAGUGCACCAUUGAGGAAUCUGGAGAACAUAUUGUAGCUGGUGCUGGAGAGCUUCACUUGGAAAUUUGCUUGAAGGAUCUUGAAGAAGAUCACGCUCAGAUCCCAGUUAAGGUGUCUACUCCUGUGGUUUCUUAUAGGGAAUCUGUUAGAGAGGAAUCUGACAGAACAUGCUUGUCUAAAUCGCCUAACAAGCAUAACAGGCUUUACAUGAAGGCUCGUCCUUUGCCAACUGGAGUUGCUGAAGCCAUUGACAGUGGUGAGAUCACACCAAGACAGGAUUUCAAGGAGCGUGCCAAGCUUUUGGGUGAAAAAUACGAUUUUGAUGUCGGUGAGGCCAGGAAAAUCUGGACCUUUGGCCCUGAAGGUACUGGCCCUAAUCUGUUGGUUGAUGUCACUAAGGGUGUGCAAUACUUGAAUGAAAUCAAGGAUAGUGUUGUUGCUGGAUUCCAGUGGGCUACCAAAGAAAGUGUGCUGUGUGAAGAAAAUAUGAGAGGUGUCCGCUUUGAUAUCCAUGAUGUAACCUUGCAUACUGAUGCAAUUCAUCGUGGUGGUGGCCAGAUCAUCCCUACAGCAAGAAGAUGCUUCUAUGCCUGUAUGCUGACAGCUUCACCAUCCAUUUUGGAGCCUGUCUACUUAGUUGAGAUUGGUUGCCCAGACCAAGCUACAAGUGGUAUUUACAGUGUCAUGAAUAAACGCCGUGGUCAUGUUCUUGAAGCUAAUGCUGUUGCUGGAACCCCCAUGUUCCAGGUCAGAGCUCACUUGCCUGUCAAUGAAUCAUUUGGCUUUACUGCUGACUUGCGUUCUAACACUGGUGGCCAGGCUUUCCCCCAGUGUGUAUUUGAUCACUGGCAAGAGCUUCCUGGAGACCCCUUUGAUCCAACUUCCAAAACAGGUAUGAUUGUUACAGAGACAAGGAAACGCAAAGGCUUGACUGAAGGCAUUCCACCAUUGGAUAAAUUCUUUGACAAGUUAUAA